CAGCAUCUACAAGGUAGAAGAGAUGACGGGGAUCAGAAGCUCUGAAAGCUGUGAGGUGAGAAUUGGUCACUCUCUGAGUGAAUCUGAGAGGCAGCAUUUGGCUACGAGGAGAGAGACUGUUCUACAGUGUCUGAAGCAGCUUGGAAUAUCCUGCAGUGAGGAUGAGGUGCCUAACAUUGCAGUCCUGGGCUCUGGUGGUGGUUUGAGAGCUAUGGUUGGGCUGCUGGGAUCACUGAGCCAGCUGGAAGAAGAGGGACUGCUGGACUGCAUCAUGUACCUGAGUGGAGUUUCAGGAUCUACCUGGUGCAUGGCAUCAUUAUAUAAAGAAGCAGACUGGUCUACCAAACUGGUGACUGUGAAAGAUAACAUUGUCCGAAGGCUUGCUGAUGGCAGUGUCAGCUGGAUAGAGAUGCAUACAAAACUGGCAAAAUACUUUUCAGAAAAAGACAACUUCAGCCUGACAGAUGUGUGGGCAGCACUGACUGUAUCUAACAUGGUCAAAGAGAUUGAUGAACACAAACUCACAGAGCAGAGAGGCAACUACACCAAUGACCCGUAUCCCAUUUACACUGUGAUUGACAAGUGGUGUAAAUGUGACAGAGUGAAUGCAGAUCCUUGGUUUGAGAUCACUCCAGAUGAGUCAGGUUAUUCUCUCUCUGGAGCCUUUGUGGAUUCCUCCUGUUGGGGAAGUCUGUUUGAAAAUGGGAAGAAGAUUAAAGACCAGCCUGAGAUUGACAUGCUGUACCUACAAGGCCUGUGUGGCAGUGCCAUCGCAGAUAUGGAAGCAAUCCUCAAAGAGAUUUCUAAGAAACUACAGUGCCUAAAGGGGAUAAAUGGGCAGAAAGGCCUCCAGGUGCUCUUAACACUUGUGAAACUAAACAUUUCUGUGUUAAGAGAAGAGGAUGCAAAAGAUCACCUCAAAAGCUUAGAGGACCUACUGAAAGAUAAAUGUGAGGAAAUAGAAAGGAUGAAUCUUUGUCUAGAAAAGCUGUUGACACCAGAAGGGAUGAUCUCCAAGACAGAACUGAAGAAACACACCAUGCAUGUAUGCAGUUCUCUCACUGGGAAUGAUCAGCCUCCUGGAGCACACAACUCUCUGCCUAAAGAUCUUUGUAUUUUUGCAAAAUCCAUACUGAACGUUUUGGGCUGGAUUUGGGGAACCACUUAUAAUUACCUCUACCGAAUGAAAGUGGAAGGUGUUGACCCCAGUGUCCUUGACUCAAAGACAAGAGAUCAUGAAGAUGCUGGACUGUUACUCAACUCACCCUAUUUCUCAGUGCUGAGAAAAGAACGAGACAUCGACCUCAUCAUUUCCCUUGACUUCAGUGCAGGAAAUCCCUUUGAGACAGUGGUUCAUGCUUCUAAAAAGUGCAAAGAACUUCAGAUUCCUUUCCCUGAAGUUGUUGCACCAGCUGAAGAUACAGAACCACAGGACUUCUAUGUGUUUAGAGGAUACAGCAAAGCUCCGACUGUGAUCCACAUCCCUCUUUUUAAUGCUGUUAACUGCAAAGGAGAAAUUGAGAAGUGGGAGAAAAGCUAUCAGACUGUUCAAAUGAGCUACAGUCAUGAAAUGAUCACAGAUCUUCUGGGAAAAGCUGGAUUAAACAUCAAAAACAACAAGGAAAAACUGCUCAAGGAGAUUGAAAAUGUUAUCAAAAAGAAGAAAAUUUCCAAGCUUGGAAAAAUCUGACAAGUAAAACAUAUUAAUAUAAA